UUCCCCAAUCCCCCGCCAAAUUAAAAAACAUCAAGCCCUAAAAUUUCGUACUUCAAUCGCAAUUUCUGGAAAAUCCCUCUUUUUCAUUUCAAUUGAAACAAAUACUGAAGAAAUUCGUAAAUUCGAAUCACUUUCUACUCAAUUUGAACUCCAAUUCUUCAUUUUCUCUCUCCUAAUUUUGCUCCCGCCAUGGCUCCGAAAGUUCUCAUGGUUGCGGAGAAGCCUAGUAUUGCAAUUUCAAUUGCAACAGUUCUUUCUCGUGGUCAAAUGUCGACAAGGAGAGGAAGUACUGAGGUGCAUGAAUUUGAUGGGAAGUUUUUGGGUCUUCACAGUCAUAUUAAAGUAACUUCAGUGAUUGGACAUGUAUUCAGUGUAGAUUUUCCUGCAACAUUCCAGGACUGGAAUGCAACAGAUCCUCUGGAUCUUUUUCAAGCUCCCACUCUUAAAUCGGAGUCUAAUCCAAAGGCACAUAUUCGGAGGCAUUUAAGUCAAGAAGCUCGCGGUUGUACUCAUCUUGUAUUGUGGCUGGAUUGUGACCGAGAAGGUGAAAAUAUAUGUUUUGAAGUUAUUGAGUGCACUGGCUUUCAUUUUAAAGAGGGGGAAUCAAGAGUUUAUCGUGCUCGAUUUUCCUCUGUGACCGAGAAAGACAUUUCAAAGGCAAUGGAGUCACUCGUUGAGCCAAACAGAAAUGAGGCUUUGGCAGUGGAUGCUCGGCAAGAGAUAGACUUGAAAGUUGGAGUUGCAUUUACUCGUUUCCAGACAAGUUACUUUCAGGGCAAAUAUGGAAAUUUGGACUCUCGAGUUAUCUCGUCUUUGCAUCAACUGGCCUUCAAAGUUAGGUAUCUUUGGAAAGGUGUCUGUCUCACUUUGAACUUUUAUGGGCCAUGUCAAACUCCAACUCUUGGAUUUUGUGUACAACGAUAUUUGAAUAUCAACACUUUCAAGCCCCAGAAGUUUUGGAUCGUGCAUCCCUACAUUGUUCACAAGGGUUAUGAACUCAAGUUGGAGUGGGACCGUGAAAAGUUGUUUGACUUAGAUGUCUCCUUGAUGUUUCAAAAAUUAGUGAUGGAUGCUGGUACUGUUGAAAUAAUCAAUGUAUUUAAGAAGCAGGAGCACAAGAGUCGGCCGGCGGGUUUGAACACAGUCAAUCUUCUUAAGAUUGCUUCAAGUGCGUUGGGAUUUGGGCCACAAAUGGCUAUGCAGAUAGCAGAAAGGCUGUAUACUCAAGGUUUCAUCAGUUACCCUCGCACAGAAAGUACUUCUUACCCUUCUUCAUUCGACUUCCGAGGUGCACUUGAAGCACAAAAGAAUAAUCCUCUAUGGGGUGGUUUCAUACAGACCUUAUUGGUUGAUGGUUACCAUAAGCCUCGAUCAGGAACUGAUGCAGGCGAUCAUCCUCCCAUCACCCCAAUGCGUUCUGCUUCUGAAGAAAUGCUAGGUUACGAUGCUUGGAAGUUGUAUCAGUAUGUUUGUCAGCAUUUUAUUGCCUCUGUGUCUCCGGACUGCAAAUAUAUGAGGACAAAAGUUGAAUUUUCAAGUGGUGGGGAGUCGUUUCAUUGUACAGGACAGUAUGUCAUCACUGAAGGAUUCACCUCCAUUACACAUUGGUUGGCUGUAAGUGAGAAAAAGCUUCCUGACUUUGCAAAGGGUGAAAAAAUUAAAAUAUCAAAAGUUGAACUGUAUGAGGGGAAGACUUCACCCCCUGAUUUUCUCACAGAAAGUGAGGUCAUUUCCCUCAUGGAAAAGCAUGGAAUAGGCACAGAUGCAUCAAUUCCUGUACACAUCAACAACAUAUGCGAGCGCAAUUAUGUGCAGGUACAAAGUGGGCGGAGGUUGGUUCCUACUGCUUUAGGUAUCACCCUUGUUAGAGGUUACCAAUGCACUGAUCCAGAUCUCUGUCUGCCAGACAUUCGGAGUUUUAUAGAGCAUCAGAUUACUCUAAUUGCAAAGGGUCAAGCAGAUCAUUCACUGGUUGUGAAGCAUGUUCUGGAACAAUUUAAGCAGAAGUACGUGUAUUUUGUUAAGCAGAUUGAACAUAUGGAUGCACUAUUUGAAGCCCAAUUCUCUCCUCUAUCAGAGACAGGGCGUGCGUUGAGUAAAUGUGGCAAGUGUGCAAGGUAUAUGAAGCAUAUUUCUUCACAACCACCUCGUCUCUAUUGCGGUACAUGCGAAGAUGUCUACUACCUUCCGCAAAAAGGCUCAAUUAAGCUGUACAAAGAGCUGAUUUGUCCUUUGGACAACUUUGAGCUCUUGCUUUUCUCAAUGCCUGGUCCAGAAGGCAAGUCAUUCCCUCUAUGCCCUUACUGCUACAACAAUCCUCCAUUCGAAGGUGUAGACAAACUCUUUGGCGCAGCCAAGACUGGUCCAGGCAAGCUAGGAAAAGGUGCUGGAAUGCCUUGCUUCCUCUGCCCUCAUCCUACAUGUCGGCAUUCACUGAUAGCCCAAGGUGUUUGUGCUUGCCCAGAGUGCACGGGUACACUUGUCCUAGACCCUGUUAGUGCUCCGAAGUGGCGCCUUUAUUGUAACAUGUGUAACUGCCUCGUCUUUCUACCUCAAGGCGCUCAUCGGAUCUCAACAACCAAAGAACGGUGUUCUGACUGUGACUCUACUAUCAUUGAAGUCGACUUCAAUAAGAAUAACACACCGUUGGCCGAUGGAGCUACCUUGCAUGCAGGAUGUAUUCUUUGCGAUGAUCUCCUUCAUUCACUGAUCGAGAUGAAGCAUGGGAAAUCUUCUUUUCGGCGCUUUGGUGGGAGAGGAAGAGGAAGGGGAAGAGGGAGGGGAAGAGGUGGGAAGAAAGAUGUUGAUCCCAAGAUGAGUUUUCGGGAUUUCUGAGAUAUUGUACUUUUUUUUUGUCGGUAAGGUGAUUUAGCUAGACUAUACCCUCACAUUUUAUCGGUACACUCCAGUGGACCAAACCCUGCUGGUGCAGGGAAAAGACGAUGGAAUCCCAACCCCAAGUCACAAACGAGACGUUAUGAGCUCUUUAAUUCACAUGAACGCGGAUUUGCUCUUCUAGAUUGGUGCACAAGUACAAGUUUUGUUUUCUUAAUGACGACGAGGUUGUUUUUUUGCUUGUAAUCUUUUUCAUUCUACUUUGAUAAUCUCUUUUGGUUGCUUAUGGCUCAGAAAUUAGAAUCAAUACAUGUUUUGUUUACCUUUGCUUAGCUUCACAGAUUGUUUGCGUUACCACAAAUUUGGGUUGCUCAUAUAUCCACAUGUUUUAGCUUUUUGAA